AUGGCGUAUUCCAGGUGGGUUUAUGUGGUGAGUUUGCCCAAGGGGGUUACUGAGGUUAGCUCUGUCAUUGCUGCUGUUGGCUCCCAUAGUGCUCAGGUUGCUUCCACUAUGGAGGAACAGAUUAGGUCUAUUGACCUAUCUGUUUUGUCAUUGCAAGAUCAGGACCAGGUUAGGGCCUUAUUACUGGAGUAUCAGGGUGUGUUCUCUGCUCAUGAGGGAGAUUUGGGGUGUACCAGUUUACUGUCACACGACAUCCCUUUGCUGGAUGACAUCCCUGUUCGGCAGCGUUAUCGCCGGAUACCACCCUCAGAGUAUGAGGUAGUGAAGGCCCACAUUGAUACACUGUUGGAGUCACGGGUUAUAAGGGAAAGUUGCAGUCCGUAUGCUUCCCCGAUAGUCUUGGUUAAAAAGAAGGACGGUAGUCUGCGCAUGUGUGUGGACUACCGCCAACUGAACUCCAAGACUAGGAAGGAUGCUUUCCCCCUUCCGAGAAUCGAGGAGUCCUUGGAUGCUCUAACAGGUGCCCGCUGGUUUUCCACUAUGGAUUUAGCCAGCGGGUACAAUCAGGUUCCUCACCUGGAGCGCCUGGAGGUCGUCCUGAGUAGGCUGAAGCGUGAGGGCCUUAAAGCAAGUUAUUACCGUCGCUUUGUGGAGGGGUUUGCCAAGUUGGCGGCCCCUCUGCAUAGGGUGGUGGCGGAGUGUGGAAGUGCUAGGCCCAAGAAGCGAGCGGAGCAGAGUUUUGCUGACGCUUGGACAGCUCAGUGUCAAAAUAGCUUUGAUGAGCUCAAGGCAAUGUUUGUUAAGGCCCCGGUGCUUGCCUACGCAGAUUUCUCCCGACCGUUUAUUUUAGACGUAGACGCCAGUCUGAGUGGGUUGGGGGCAGUCCUUUCACAGGAACAAGAUGGGAAGGUGGAGGUCUUAACAGGGUUACACCAGCAGCACGGGCACCAGGGUAUCGAACGCACUACAGAACUGGUGCGCCAGCGCUGUUAUUGGCCAGGCAUGUCGGCCAUGGUGGCGAAAUGGUGUCAAGAGUGCGAGAGGUGCCAGGCUGCCAAAGAUCUGCAGCCGGGUGCCCGUAGUUUUAUGGGUCAUUUGCUGGCUUCCCGACCAAAUGAAAUUGUGGCCAUCGAUUUCACCCAGCUUGAAGUAUCCUGUUCGGGAUUGGAGAAUGUUCUAGUAAUGACGGAUGUCUUUACAAAGUAUACUAUUGCGGUUCCUACCCGGGAUCAACGGGCUGAGACAGUAGCUCAGGUACUGGUUACUGAGUGGUUCUACAGGUUGGGGGUGCCUGGGAGAAUUCAUUCUGACCAGGGCCGUAGCUUUGAGUCAUUCUUGAUCCAGCAACUUUGUAAAUUGUACGGCGUUGAGAAAUCUCGUACUACCCCUUACCACCCUUCUGGUAAUGGGCAGUGCGAGCGGUUCAAUAGAACAUUGCACAACCUAUUGCGCACCUUACCGGUUUCACGUAAGAGGGACUGGGCGUCCAGUCUCCCUCAGGUGCUCUUCUCCUAUAACACCACCCCGCACCAAGCCACUGGUGAGUCCCCCUACUUUUUAAUGUUUGGCCAGGAGCCACGACUUCCCAUUGAUUUUUUGCUCGGUAGAGUUCCAGAGCCGGUGGCUGGCGACGUGCACGAAUGGGUAGUGGAACAUCAGACAAGGUUGAAAGUGGCGUUUGAGGGAGCACGAGAACGGCUGAGACUGACUGCUGACCGGCGUAAAACGCAUUUUGAUCGACAUGUUCGAGAUACGCCCCUGGAAGAGGGCCAGUUGGUUUACCUCCGCGAUUAUGGCAUUAGAGGGCGCCAUAAAAUCCAGGAUCUGUGGAGUCCAGUGGUGUAUAAGGUGGUAGAGGCUCCUAGAUCUGGGGGUGCAGUGUAUAGCAUUGCACCUAUACAUGAGGAGGGUAAGGUGAAAAGAGUUCAUCGGUCGUUACUAAAGGCUAGGAUUCAAAGGAAUCCUACCCCGGUUGUACUUGGUGGGCCAGUAGGGGAGCUCGAACAGGAGCCGGCGGAGGAGAUGGAGGAGGCAGAUUUCUGGCUAGUAAGACCCGAAGGCCCCCAACUCGUGUUGGAUUCGGUCGACUCUGCCCCUUCAGUACCCGAGCUUGGAGUCCCAGGUGAGCAACACCAACCCUGUGGCAUGGGGGUUGGUCCAGUGUUAUCACCUGGUACCUCAGCUAUGGAGCAGGCUCCUGUUGAGAGUUUAGAGGUGCGCUGCCAGCGGAUCCUGCUGGAGAUGGAGGGGUCUUUGACAGCUCGGGACCGGGUGGGCAUUCAGGAUUUUGUUCUUCUGGAUGCCUACACCAGUGAGACAGCAUUCAUGGACAACCUCAGAAAACGGUUUAGUGAGAACCUCAUAUAUACCUACAUUGGGACCCUCUUGGUGUCGGUUAAUCCAUAUAAAGAGUUGGGAAUCUAUACCAAAAAACAAAUGGACAUUUACAUGGGAGUCAACUUUUUUGAGCUGCCUCCUCAUAUCUUUGCACUUGCUGACAAUGUUUACCGGACAAUGAUUAGUGAAGCCAACAACCACUUCAUCCUCAUUUCUGGUGAAAGUGGUGCUGGCAAGACGGAGGCCUCUAAGAAAGUCCUGCAGUUCUAUGCAGUGUGCUGUCCCAGCACUAGACUCCUGGACAACGUGAGAGAUCGGCUCCUUCUUUCCAAUCCAGUGCUGGAGGCUUUUGGAAAUGCCAAAACCCUGAAAAAUGACAACUCGAGCCGAUUUGGAAAGUACAUGGACAUACAGUUUGACCAUCAGGGAGCAGCAGUUGGUGGCCACGUCUUAAGCUACUUACUGGAGAAGUCAAGGGUGGUCCACCAAAAUCAUGGAGAAAGGAACUUCCACAUCUUUUAUCAGUUAGUUGACGGAGGGGAGGAUGAGCUUCUUCGCUGGCUUGGUUUGGAGCGAAACUGUCAGAAUUACCGCUAUCUUAUUCAGGGAGAAUGUGCCAAAGUGAGCUCCAUUAAUGACAAGAGUGACUGGAAAACCGUACAGAAAGCUCUUACUAUUAUUGAGUUUAGUGAAAAGGAUAUAGAGCAUCUGUUUGCCAUCCUUGCCAGCGUCCUUCAUCUUGGCAAUGUUCACUUUGAGGCCAGUGCCCUGGGUUAUGCCACAUUAAACAGCAGUGUGGAAGUACACUGGCUGUCAAAGUUAUUUGGCAUCCCCUCAAACAUGUUAGUGGAGGGUUUAACUCACAGAAAGAUUGAAGCCAAAGCAGAAGAGGUGAGGCGGAUUUAUGGACAUAUUUAUCAUUUUCAGGUUCUAAGCCCUUUCACCGCUGAACAUGCGAAGUAUGCCAGGGAUGCACUAGCCAAAGCCAUCUAUGGCCGCACAUUCUCAUGGCUUGUUAAUAAGAUUAAUGAAUCGUUGGCAAAUAAGGAUUCAACCAGAAAGACGGUGAUUGGACUGCUCGACAUCUAUGGAUUUGAAGUGUUUGAUGUGAACAGUUUUGAACAGUUCUGUAUAAACUUCUGCAAUGAAAAGCUUCAGCAGCUUUUCAUCCAGCUCACCCUCAAAUCAGAGCAAGAGGAGUAUGAGAAGGAGGGAAUUGAGUGGGAGCCAGUGCCAUACUUUAACAACAAGAUCAUCUGUGACCUGGUGGAGGAGAAACAUAGAGGCAUCAUAUCAAUACUGGAUGAAGAAUGUUUGCGUCCUGGCGAAGCCACUGAUUUUACAUUCCUGGAGAAACUAGAGGAGAAGAUGUGUGGUCACCCUCAUUUCGUCACGCACAAGUUGGCUGAUCAGAAAACACGCAAAACCCUUGAACGAGGUGAUUUUCGUCUUCUACACUAUGCCGGAGAGGUUACUUACUCAGUUGUUGGAUUUCUCGACAAAAAUAAUGAUCUUCUGUACAGAAACAUUAAAGAGGUCAUGCGACAGUCUAAGAACAGUAUUAUGCAGCACUGCUUCCAUGCUAUUGAACCUGAUGGCAAGAAAAGACCUGAGACGGUAGCCACCCAGUUUAAGAGCAGCCUUGCAGGCCUCACUGAAAUCCUCAUGACCAAGGAGCCAUGGUAUGUGCGGUGCCUGAAACCCAACCACUGCAAGCAGCCAGACCGCUUUGAUGAUGUCAUGGUGAGACAUCAAGUCAAGUACCUGGGGUUAAUGGAGCACCUGAGAGUCAGGCGGGCUGGGUUUGCUUAUAGGAGAAGAUGCGAGGUCUUCCUGAAAAGAUAUAAGGCUCUAUGUCCUGACACGUGGCCACACUGGAAGGGGACACCAGCAGAGGGAGUGCAGCGACUCAUCAAACACCUUGGCUACAAACCAGACGCGUACAAGAUGGGAAGGACAAAAAUCUUCAUUCGCCAUCCCAGGACUCUUUUUGCCACUGAAGAUGCAUUUGAGAUCUGCAAGCAUAAAUUGGCCACAAAAAUCCAGGCCAAAUACAAAGGCUAUAGGGUGAAAGGCCUAUACCAGAGGCAGAGGGAAGCAGCUACCAAGAUUGAGACAUGUUGGAGGGGCCUUCAGGCCAGAAAAGAGAGGGAAAGGAGAGCCUGGGCUGUCAAAGUCAUCAAGAAGUUUAUUAAGGGCUUCAUGAACAGAAAUCAGCCUGUCAGCAUGGACAACUCUGAGUAUCUGGCCUUUGUCAGACAGAGCUACCUCACUCGACUCAAAGAGAAUCUGCCAAAAUCAGUACUGGACAAAACCACCUGGCUAACUCCUCCACCCAUAAUGCAAGAGGCCUCCGUGUUCUUGCGUCAGUUGCACACACGUCUCCUUGUACGGAAGUAUGUUCGAGGGAUCAGUGCACAGCAGAAGUUGCAGCUGCAAAUUAAAGCACUGGCCAGUGACAUAUUCAGAGGCAGAAAAGAGAACUACCCUCAAAGCGUAUACCAGCCCUUUGCUGACACUAGGAUAAGUGAACAAGACAUAAACAUCAAAGUCUUGCAGCAGAUUUGUCCUGAGGGCAUUAAGUACAGCGUUCCAGUGAUUAAGUAUGACAGGAAUGGCUUUCGGCCACGUUUCAGACAGCUGAUCUUCACUCAGGCUGCUGCUUAUCUGGUGGAAGAGGCCAAAAUCAAACAGAGGGUCAAUUACAGCUCACUAAAAGGGGUGUCUGUCAGCAAUUUAAGUGACAACUUCCUGAUUCUCCAUGUCACCUGUGAUGACACGAAGCAAAAAGGGGACCUAGUCUUGCAGUGCAGCUAUGUAUUUGAGGCAUUGACAAAAAUCUGUGUGGUGACAAAAAAUCAUAGCCUCAUCAAAGUUGUUCAAGGAAGUGUGAGGUUUGAUAUCCAGCCUGGCAAAGAGGGCUUUGUUGAUUUUAAGAGCAGCAGUGAAUCCAUGGUCUACAGAGCCAAGAAUGGACACUUGAUGGUGCAAGUUCAGAGUGCACAGAAUGCUGAAGAUUCCAAACAAACACAAUGGAUGAAGGCAGAGUCAGGGGAGGGAGAAGAGCUGGCCAUGGAAGAAGAGGAGCAGGCCAACGAGGAAGAGGAGUUCAAAUCAGAGGAGGAAGAGGAGCAGGCCAACAAGGGAGAGGAGAAGGUCCAGGAGGGAGAGCAAGACAACCUCGCACCAUCAUUAUGGACGAGAUGCGAGCAACAGUCGUUGACCAUGUCCUUGUCCGUGGCAUGA